CAGAAGAGAAGCUCUGUUUUUCACUUACAAAAUCUUCGCCUUCAUUUUGUAGAGGGAGAAAGAGAAUUUUUCUUUAAAAAAAACCAGAAAAAGAAAAAGCUUUGAAAAGGCGAAGGGAGAAACAAACCUCGGAAUCACUUUUGUUUGCUUCCGGUUGGUGCCAUCGUCACCAGCUCACCAAAGUUCAAACAGCUUCGUUUCUCUUUCGGAGUUGUCUGUUGAAAUUGCAGAGCCUCUAUCGGAUCCGAGACACUGAGUUCCGUUUCUCUCCGACUCGGUGGCGUAUCGGAUGAGUUAGAUCUAUUUGUACGAUCAUCAUGGGUGCACCUGAUAACAUCAUUGUUGGUUCUCAUGUAUGGGUUGAAGACCCACAGCUGGCUUGGAUCGAUGGAGAAGUCUUUAAAAUUAGUGGUGUAGAAGUUCACGUUCAUACCACCAAUGGGAAAACUGUUGUUCCAAAUAUCUCGAAAGUUUUUCCAAAAGAUACUGAAGCUUCUCCUGGAGGUGUAGAUGACAUGACGAAGUUGUCUUAUCUGCAUGAACCGGGGGUUCUGCAUAAUCUGGCUGCCAGAUAUGAACUUAAUGAGAUCUAUACAUAUACCGGAAAUAUCCUGAUUGCAAUUAACCCAUUCCAAAGAUUGCCGCACCUUUAUGAUACGCACAUGAUGGAACAAUAUAAAGGAGCUGCAUUUGGAGAGCUAAGUCCUCAUGUCUUUGCAGUGGCAGAUGUUGCAUACAGAGCAAUGAUUAAUGAGGGAAAGAGCAACUCAAUUCUGGUUAGCGGGGAAAGUGGUGCUGGUAAGACCGAGACAACAAAGAUGCUUAUGAGAUAUCUUGCAUACCUAGGAGGUCGAUCUGGAGUAGAAGGACGAACUGUCGAGCAACAAGUUCUAGAAUCCAAUCCAGUUCUUGAAGCAUUUGGCAAUGCCAAAACAAUUAGGAACAACAACUCAAGUCGUUUUGGUAAAUUUGUUGAGAUUCAAUUCGACAAGAAUGGGAGGAUAUCUGGUGCAGCAGUAAGAACUUACUUGCUCGAAAGAUCUCGAGUUUGCCAAGUUUCAGAUCCUGAAAGAAACUAUCACUGCUUUUACUUUCUUUGUGCUGCACCACCUGAGGAAAGGGAGAAGUAUAAGUUGGGAAAUCCAAAGUCAUUCCACUACUUAAAUCAAUCCAACUGCUAUGAGUUGGAUGGAGUAGAUGACAUGGGAGAAUAUUUUGCAACUCGAAGAGCUAUGGAUGUAGUUGGAAUCAGUCAGGAAGAGCAGGAAGCGAUUUUUAGGGUUGUAGCUGCAAUUUUGCAUCUUGGAAAUGUUGAGUUUGCCAAGGGAGAAGACAUAGACUCUUCUGUCAUUAAGGACAAAAAGUCUAGGUUUCAUCUCGAUGUCACAGCCGAACUGCUCGACUGUGAUGCUAAAAGCCUAGAAGAUGCUUUGAUAAAACGUGUGAUGGUGACUCCCGAAGAGGUUAUCACUAGAACUCUUGAUCCUGUAGCUGCUAUGGGUAGUCGGGAUGCCUUAGCCAAAACAAUAUAUUCUCGAUUGUUUGACUGGCUUGUGGAUAAGAUUAACGUUUCAAUAGGACAAGAUCCAAACUCAAAAUCGCUAAUCGGAGUUCUUGAUAUAUAUGGGUUUGAGAGUUUCAAGUUCAAUAGUUUUGAGCAGUUCUGUAUUAACUUUACAAAUGAAAAACUGCAACAACAUUUUAAUCAGCAUGUUUUUAAAAUGGAGCAAGAAGAAUAUACAAAAGAAGAGAUUGAUUGGAGCUACAUAGAAUUUGUUGAUAACCAGGAUGUGUUGGAUCUAAUUGAGAAGAAACCUGGGGGAAUUAUUGCACUUCUAGAUGAAGCCUGCAUGUUCCCGAAAUCCACACAUGAAACAUUUGCCCAGAAGUUGUAUCAGACAUUCAAAAACAACAAGCGUUUCAUCAAACCUAAGCUUUCUCGUACUGAUUUUACAAUCUUUCACUAUGCUGGCGAGGUUAAGUAUCAGGCUGAUCAGUUUCUUGACAAAAACAAAGAUUAUGUUGUGGCUGAGCAUCAGGAUCUCUUGAUAGCAUCAAAUUGUCCUUUUGUGGCUGGUCUAUUUCCUCGGCUUCCUGAGGAAUCAUCAAAAUCAUCAAAAUUUUCUUCCAUUGGUUCACGCUUUAAGCUUCAACUUCAAUCUUUGAUGGAAACAUUGAAUUCAACAGAACCUCACUAUAUCAGAUGUGUAAAGCCAAAUAACGCUCUGAAACCUGGGAUGUUUGAAAACUUCAAUAUUAUCCAGCAAUUACGUUGUGGUGGUGUCCUAGAGGCAAUCAGGAUCAGCUGUGCCGGGUAUCCUACAAGAAGAACAUUCUAUGAAUUUCUUCACCGUUUUGGUGUUCUAGCUCCCGAGGAUUUGGAAGGAAACUAUGAUGACAUGGUCGCUUGUCAAAAGAUUCUGGAUAAAAGGGGAUUGAAAGGCUACCAGAUAGGCAAAACAAAGGUCUUUUUAAGAGCUGGUCAGAUGGCUGAACUGGAUGCAAGGAGAGCGGAGGUGCUUGGGAACGCAGCUAAAACCAUUCAAAGACAAAUUCGCACCCAUAUGGCAUGCAAGGAAUUUAUUGGAUUACGCAAAGCUGCUAUUGUCUUGCAAUCUUACUGCCGGGGUGCAUCAGCUAGAACUGUGUAUGAGCAGAUGCGGAGGCAAGCAGCAACAGUGAAGAUUCAGAAGAUUUUCAGGCUACAUAUUGCCAGGAAGUCCUACUUAACACUCUGUUCAUCUGCAAUCACGUUGCAGACAGGAUUAAGGGCAAUGACAGCUCGCAAUGAAUUCAGAUUCAGAAAGCAAACCAAGGCUGCAAUUAUUAUCCAGGCAUAUUUGCGUCGCCACAUUGCGGACACAUAUUACAAGAAUCUCAAGAAGGCUGUCAUAGUUACUCAAUGUGGUUGGAGGCGUAGGGUUGCUCGAAAAGAGCUCAGAAUGCUAAAAAUGGCUGCAAGGGAAACGGGAGCUCUUAAAGAAGCAAAGGAUAAGCUAGAAAAGCGUGUGGAAGAACUUACCUGGCGUUUACAGUUGGAGAAGCGAUUGAGGACUGAUCUAGAAGAGGAAAAGGCCCAAGAAAUUGCGAAGUUACAGGAAGCUUUGCGUGCAAUGCAAUUACAAGUUGAAGAAGCAAACUCGAGAGUUAUCAAAGAACGAGAGGAAGCUCUGAAGGCUAUUGAGGAAGCGCCUCCUAUUGUUAAGGAGACUCCUAUUUUAGUUCAAGACACAGAAAAGAUUGAUUUGUUAACAGCUGAGGUGGAUAGUUUAAAGGCUUUGCUGCUGACGGAGAGACAGGAAGCAGAGGUGGCAGGGAAAGCGUCCAAAGAUAUUGAGGUCAGAAAUGGAGAGCUUGCUAAGAAACUUGAAGAUGCUGAGCAAAAAGUAGAUCAGCUUCAGGAAUCUGUGCAGAGGCUAGAAGAGAAACUCUCUAACUCUGAGUCAGAGAAUCAAGUACUUCGUCAGCAAGCACUUACAAUGUCACCAACUGGAAAGACCUUAUCUGCACGACCAAAGACGGUGAUUAUUCAGAGGACUCCAGAGAAGGGGAAUCUUGUGAAUGGAGAAGUGAAGGUUGCAACAGACAUGACUCUGGCUGUAUCUAAUGUCCGCGAGCCUGAAUCGGAGGAGAAACCACAGAAAUCGCUGAAUGAAAAGCAGCAGGAAAACCAUGAACUCCUGAUGAAGUGCAUAUCGCAAAACUUAGGAUUCUCAGGGGGCAAACCUAUUGCUGCUAGUGUCAUUUACAAGUGUCUUCUCCACUGGAGGUCAUUUGAAGUUGAGCGGACUAGUAUUUUCGACGGCAUCAUUCAAACAAUAGCUUCAUCUAUAGAGGGCCAGGACAAUAACGAUGUAUUAGCCUACUGGUUAUCUAAUUCAUCCACGUUAUUGUCGCUGCUCCAACAUACACUCAAGGCUAGUGGAGCCGCUAGCUUGACGCCUCAACGGCGUAGAACAUCAUCAGCUUCUCUUUUUGGGAGGAUGUCUCAAGGUCUACGGUCAUCUCCACAAAGUGCUGGACUCACCUUUUUUAAUGGCCGAGGACUUGGACGACUGGAUGACUUACGACAGGUUGAGGCCAAGUAUCCAGCAUUAUUGUUUAAGCAGCAGCUGACUGCUUUCCUUGAGAAGAUAUAUGGAAUGAUAAGAGACAAUCUGAAGAAAGAGAUCUCGCCUUUGCUUGGAUUAUGUAUUCAGGCUCCCAGGACUUCACGGGCAAGUCUUGUGAAAGGACGUUCACAAGCUAAUGCUGUUGCUCAGCAAGCUCUUAUUGCUCAUUGGCAAAGUAUUGUAAAGAGCUUAAACAGUUAUUUGAAGACAAUGAAAGCCAACUAUGUACCUCCCUUCUUAGCUCGGAAAGUAUUUACGCAAAUAUUUUCAUUCAUCAAUGUUCAGCUGUUCAACAGUCUUCUUCUUCGACGGGAGUGCUGCUCAUUCAGUAAUGGAGAGUAUGUCAAAGCUGGUUUGGCUGAACUGGAGCAGUGGUGCUGCGAAGCAACAGAAGAAUAUGCAGGAUCAGCAUGGGAUGAGUUGAAGCAUAUCAGACAGGCUGUUGGGUUCCUGGUUAUACAUCAAAAGCCCAAAAAGACUUUGAAUGAAAUAACAAAAGAACUUUGUCCUGUGCUUAGCAUACAACAGCUUUACAGGAUAAGUACAAUGUACUGGGAUGACAAGUACGGCACUCACAGUGUGUCUUCUGAUGUUAUAUCUAGUAUGAGGGUUAUGAUGACUGAGGACUCGAACAAUGCCGUUAGCAGUUCCUUCCUGCUAGAUGAUGAUUCAAGCAUCCCAUUCACUGUGGAUGACAUCUCCAAGUCAAUACAAAAAGUAGAUAUAGCUGAAGUGGAACCUCCCCCCUUAAUUCGCGAAAACUCAGGUUUUGGGUUCUUGCUUCCACGGGCUGAGUAAUGCUCACGGUGAAGGUUGUCUGGUGCCCGAUAUUUACAUCCUGUCCGCAAGGACACGUGGUACUGUCUAUCCAAUCAGUCCAUGAGCAAACAUAACCCCCCCCCCCCCCCACUUUGUAUUCCCUGCAUCCAUAUGUACAAAUACCCUGCAUCAAUCGUCCGGUCGAUUCAUUGUUUCCCUCAAGUUAUAUCAACAUGAGGGGGGUAUUAGUUAAGGAGCUAUGUCACCAACUGGUGUGAUAUGGAACUAUGAACAAGGGGCAUUGGUGGCCUGUAACUUGUUCAUGUCCAAAAAGGCUUCCUUCAUAUUUUUUUUUCAUUUUUUAAUUAUUUUCUUGGUUCCGGGUUCAUAUAAUCCGUUGUUGGGUUUUAAGUUGUGGUAGGUCUUUUUUCUUUCAGGGGUAUAACUAAAAUCAGCCGCAUUUUAUAGGCAAUUGUUUGUUGUAUUGAAUAGCAAGUUGUAUCUAGUGUUUUUUUUAUGUAAAUUUGUAGUCUUGUUUCUUGUUGGACGUACUGCCAACUUUUUGUCUAUAUUUUCUUCCACCCUGUACAUGUGAAAUUUGGGCAUGGAUAUGAAAAAUGGUCUGGAAUUUUUUACCUGGUUAAAAAA